AUGCUGGGGUUGGCCUAUUCUGAUUUUUCUUAUAGGGAGGACAAUUACAAGAAAAAGGUUCGAGAAGUGUCUAAUGCCUGGAACCAAACUCGCCGAAUGAGAAUUUUAGCCGUGGGUCCGACGAUGACCCCCGAGUAUAGCCAGUGGCGUGAUCAAAGGGUCAACGAUAAUAUCCCGGCGUCUAAUCCAGAAACUGCUCGAUCUUUAGAGGAACACCUACAAGUACUGCCCUCUGAGAUAGAGAUUAUCAAGCAAGAAUUUGAAAAGAGGAGUUUGGAGAUAGGGAGGAAAGUAGAGAAGUUAGAGGAAGAGAAAAUGCAGUUAGGACUGGAUUUGGACAUUCAAAGAUUAGAGGCCGAUAAAUUAAGGAAAGGGAAGAACAAAGCAGAAGAAGAUUUAGACAGCCUGAAGACUGAUUAUAAGAAGUUGCGCAGGUCGAUAAGAACUGCUGGCUUGGGUAAAACGCCAGAACAAUGGCGACAGGAAAUUCAGGAGGAAAGAACGAAAGCUAAUCAGUGGGAAAAGAAAUUUCAGGAUGCUCAAACUCGAGAAGUUACUUUGGGAGAGAGUCUGCUAGUCUGCCAAAAUGAGAAGACGAAGUUGAAUGCCCGAAUAAUUGAACUGGAAAGGCUACUUUACCAAUACCGUAUUCGUAAUUCUGUGAUUGAAUUAAAGGCAAGCUUGGAAAAAAUUGAAGAAUUAAAGGGACAAAUAAGAGAGCUCGAGGACGCAUUGCAAAGCAACGAAUUCCGAAUAGAGCUUCUGGAAAGAAGUAGUGAGCAGUGGCAGGGGCAAUUCCAGUUGUCUCAAGAUCAGAUUAGAGACAGAGAUUAUGUUAUGGGUGAGGCAGUGGUUCAAGUACGCGAGGUAGCUGAUCACCUGCAAACCUUAGCGGUUCAAGCUGAUCUAUUAAGUUUAAAGUUUGAGUUGGAAUCGGACCGGGCCCGAAAAUUAGCUUGGCUCCUUAAAAAGGUUAAGGCUUUGGGUAUAAGGGCAAAGUCGUAUAUGUAA